AUGGCCAAGUGCUCUGGCAAGGCUGAAAGGCAGAACAGGUCCAAGGGAUUUGUCAUCUUGGAUUUGACAGUAGCUUCUGCCACUGAGGCCUACCAGGGUCUGCUCUCUGCUACUCUCCUUCUUCCCAUCUCUGGGGAUCUGGGAGACUCCAAUGUCAUGGUCACUAUGGCCAAGUCUGACACCAGUCUUCACAUCCCUGAGCAGCUCUUCCUCUUCUGGGAGUUCCAGGUCCAGGGGUACCGCUACUACCCUGGAGUACCAAUAGGGGUAACGGUACUACCCGGGAGGAUGAUGUCAGGACGCCAGGUCUACCCCACCCCCAUGGUUAGGGAGGCCAGGUCUACACCAACGGUGCCAGCAGGGAGGCCUGGAGUACCCCACAAGCACCGAGUACUUUUCUUCUCACUGUCAUGGCCUACUGACCGCUACGUUGCCAUCUGCAAACCCCUGCACUACGGGACCCUCCUGGGCAGCAGAGCUUGUGUCCACAUGGCAGCAGCUGCCUGGGGCAGUGGGUUUCUCAAUGCUGUGCUGCACACUGCCAAUACAUUUUCAGUACCCCUCUGCCAAGGCAAUGCUGUGGACCAGUUCUUCUGCGAAAUCCCCCAGAUCCUCAAGCUCUCCUGCUCAGAUGCCUACCUCAGGGAAGUUGGGGUACUUGUAGUUGCUGUCUGUUUAGCUGUUGGGUGUUUUGUUUUCAUUGUGCUGUCCUAUGGGCAGAUCUUCAGGGCUGUGCUGAGGAUCCCCUCUGAGCAGGGACAGCACAAAGCCUUUUCCACCUGCCUCCCUCACCUGGCCGUGGUCUCCUUGUUUAUAAGCACUGGCAGUUUUGCCUACCUGAAGCCCCCCUCCAUGUCCUCCCCAUCCCUGGACCUGCUGGUGGCAGUUCUGUACUCGGUGGUGCCUCCAGCCUUGAACCCCCUCAUCUACAGCAUGAGAAACCAUGAGAUCAAGGAUGCCCUGAGAAAACUAAUCACUGGAUGCUUUUGA